CCCGACCACCGCCAGAGGCCCCCCCGACCCGCCGCCGCGCGCCCUCCGCACGCACGCACGCACGCACCCUCCCUCACUCUUCAACAUCACCUCACACCUCAAACGCCCUUAUAAUAUAAUAAUAUCAGUUUAAUGUGUGUAAGUGGAGGAGUGAGGCGUGGCGGGGGAUGUGGUGUAGGGUUGGCAGGCGUGGCGCGGCAGGUGAUGGAGCCGCCUGGCCUCUCCCUCUCCCUCACCCUCCUGCUGCUGCUGCUGCCUCACACCUCCUCGCCUGAACCUCUCAGACCCGCCGACGACCUCACCACCUCCGAGACCUGCCUCCCACACGCCCCUAAAGUUAACUGUUCCUUCCUGCCCUUGGAAUUCCUUGAAUGCGAAAAGCCUACAGACCAUCGUGGUAACCAGUCAGCUCGAGAUGAUGAGGGACACGGCUGUGUAAAGUUUGGAGGGCAAAGAUUUGAAGAUGUAGAAAUCACCAAGGUAUGGUGUGUCGUUUUAGAAGGAAUUGAUUGCUGUGGUGAAAGACGAUUUCUUCGUGAUGGUUUUCCAUGCAUCAAAUACAGUGGGCACUACUUUGUAACAACGCUCAUCUACAGCGUCUUGCUGGGUUUCCUGGGCAUGGACCGAUUUUGUUUGGGGCAAACUGGAACAGCCGUUGGGAAACUCCUUACUAUGGGUGGCGUUGGUAUCUGGUGGAUUGUUGAUAUUGUUCUAUUGAUUACUGGAUCAUUAACACCAGAAGAUGGCAGUAAUUGGAACCCUUAUGUGUGAACCUGUGCUGUUUAGAAAUUUGAUUUUUGUGUGAGCAAUAACAUUAUAUAAAUUAAAUUAUUUGUUUCAUGUUAUUUGUACUGUAUAUACAUUUUGACUAGAAUAAUGUCUAGCUGAUGUGAAUGAUUUUUUAUUUUAUUUUAUGAAAAUCAGACACAACAUGGCAUCAGUAACAUAUAACAAUGCUAAAAAAUAUCGUUUUCUUGGCCAAGAGGAGGGGCUAGAGAUACCUCAAGCCCAUACUCUGCGUGAUAAAAUAUUGAAGGAUUUUGUAAAGCGGCAAAUAUCAACUACCACAUCUUUGGAACAUCAAUUGCAGAAUCAGAGAAAUUUUGUCCGGGCAACAGCUGAAGAAUCGAUUACAGCUACUACCAGUGGCUUAACAUCAU